AUGGCUCCUGCUGCCAUUGAUCCCCGCAUUGUCGACGUCGCAGAGCCUAGAAAAGAGACUCUUCCUCUCCCUCCCAACGCUCGGGAAAGACUCGAAAAGGCCGGCAUCGAUCUCUCAGCCGGGUAUCCAUACCGGCCUGCACGUCCUCUCUACGUGGAUGAUGUCUACAACAUCCGGAACUAUGAUCGCCCUCACAUCGACCCGGGAUCCCGCGCCGAUCCCGAGAAGAAGGCUUUGCUGUCAGCAGCGAAGGAGGUCAUCCACCUCACCAAGCACAUCGGGACCGAGAUCGUGGGGUUGCAACUCAAGGAUCUUAACGACAAGCAAAAAGACGAGUUGGGGCUCUUGAUUGCGGAAAGGAGCGUUGUCUUCUUCCGAGACCAAGACAUCUCCCCACAGCAGCAGAAGGAGCUAGGUGAAUGGUUUGGUGAGGUCGAGAUCCAUCCGCAAGUACCACAGGUUCCUGGAGUCCCCGGUGUUACUGUAUUGUGGCCGGCCCUGCAGGCAGCAGAAACCCCGGCUGCGUUCCGCCGGCCUGGAGGCGCUUCCCGCUGGCAUACAGAUCUUGUACAUGAGCGACAGCCAGCGGGUGUCACCCAUCUUCACAAUGAUACGGUGCCCAGCACUGGAGGGGACACACUAUGGGCAAGCGGUUACGCUGCUUACGAGAAGUUAUCACCAUCGUUCCGUCAAUUUAUCGACGGCAAGACAGCCAUUUAUCGCUCGGCCCAUGCUUAUUUGGACCGCAAGCAUCCGGAAAAGGGGCCCAUAUAUGUUGAGCGAGAGCAUCCUCUUGUCCGAGUUCACCCUGCAACAGGGUGGAAGACUCUUUGGGUGAACCGAGCCAUGACAGAUCGUAUUGUAGGCCUCGACAAAGCAGAGAGUGAUGUCAUCCUUGGAUAUCUGUGCGAUGUCUAUGAGAAGAACAUUGACAUUCAAGUUCGCUUCAAGUGGACACCAAGGACAAGCGCUUUGUGGGAUAACAGGAUCACCAUCCACAACGCCAGCUGGGAUUACGAGGGAAUCGAGCCGCGGCAUGGCACAAGGGUGACCGCCCUGGCAGAGAAGCCUUUCUUUGAUCCAAAGGCACCAACAAGACGAGAGAAGUUGGGUCUUCUGGGACCGGACGAGAUCGAAGAAUUGGCCAAUCAGUUGGCCAGACAGUAG